CAUGAAUGGCAGUUCUCGCAGGGGUGUUUGUUCGGAGCCCAAACCCAGUGAAACGACGUCUCAACUCCACUUCAUUUUCUUCUCUCUUUGACGGUGAUGGUUGCCGUUUCUCGCAGAAAUACUUGAGUCCAUUCGGACAUCGUCGUCUUGAUUCCCAGCGUGCGCUGCGCUCUUCCAAGCCCCUUUGCCAGGAACGUUUCCCCUCGACCUUGCUCCCCAUAGCGUAGAGAUAUGCUCUCUGACCGAAGAUCCACCAUCAGCUAUGCCAUUGACUUGCUCAAAGCACACCAAAUCCGCCGCGAGAACCUGUUUCUACAUGAGGAGUUGAAGAGUUGUCGCAAAGAAAUCGAUGUUUUACGCGAGGAGGUCAAAGAUGCCAGGUCGGCCGUUGAAGCAAUCGAGCAUGCCUCUGACAAGACACGCUGCUUGUUUGAAGACCAGCAAUCACGCUUGUCCAGCCAGCUCAGAGAACUCGAGGCGUCCCAGAAAGAAUGCAGGGCAAUGUUACAGAGCGAGAUUUCACAUCUCAAGACUGCGCAGGCCCAGUUCGGCGAACGUGCCCUGAAGCAGUGGGAAGAUCUUCAGAAAGAGACGAAUGCUCUGAAGGUCGACUGUCAAGGUAAACUUGACAUCCAGCAGAGGCAGCAAGAAGAAGUAUCGGCGUCCCUUGAAACGCUGCAACAGACCCUAGCUGGAAAAGUCGACACCUCCAGCUUUGAGGCGCUGGUACUUCGAGUAGAUGGCCUCUCGAGACAUCCACCAGUUGCUGCAGAGCGGUUGUUGUCUUCUGUCAGCCGUGUUCCAGACAGCUUUGAGCAGCCGCAGCAGCAGCGUCAAUCAUCUCCUCUGCCAGGGCAGGAUGACACACAAGUACGAGACUCUCAGGCCCAACGGCACCAAGGCAGGAAUAGGAAACACAUAAUCCAUGAGCGAGUUCAGUCACCUGCUUGUCAGCAGGUCCCUCAACAGAACCAUGAGCGUCGCAGAGAGACUACAUUGCCCGAAGACCUCGAUCUUGAUGAAAAUGCUAUCUCCUUCAGCUACGCUGUCCGAAGAGACUGCAGCGACGGGGACACAAACACACUGCAACUUCUACCACAGUCAGAUGUUCAGGCCCCCCAACUAGUCCGAGUCAAUCUCCUUCAGCAAAGGAGGUAUGACGACUGGGACGGCUACUACUCUCAGGGGUUAUGCCUGAUUCAAUCUCUCCCACGAUCCUUCGAAGAGGCAAUUGUGCGGAACUUCGUCAACGGCAUAUUCCACACCGUGCAAAAGAAGCAAUGCGAGCGGUUCCUCGACGAGAAGGGAUGGCUUUGGAACAAUGUUACCUUGUUCGCGAAACUGUGUUCUCAACUUUACACCAGUGCCGGCAUUGCUUCUGAUGACGAUCUAUCAAUGGGAGAUGAUCCCAAUGAGGCUGGCGUUCUUCAACCACCCACAAAUUUCACCGCGGCUCUUGGUACGCUGGGGAAAUCCGAGUCCAAGGUUAAUGAAACGGAUAAACAAUCUCACUGGCCCCAGAUUGCGGAUGGCUAUCAAGCUGUGCCUUUUUCUGCUGGAUCGCGUCGGGGCCAACGUCUGGUCGACAAGGGGAGCGUGCGCCAAAGCCAACCGCAGCAGCCGACGCAGGUGCAAUUCCAGAAGACGAGGUCAAGACUAAAAAUAGCCCCCGCUGAUGCGUCACAGGACCUGGGAAGCACGAAAGUGAAAAUCCAGUUGCGCCCGACUGUUAGAUCAGACCAAAGCCGUGAAGUCGACCAGACUGUGUUGAAGAAACAAGAACAACAAACGGCCCGACAGAACAGCCCUGCGUCCCGAGACAAGAAACCCUACUUCCUGCUGCGUUCGGCGGUAUGGGACAAGGAUCAUCCUGCAGGAAAGGUCGCCCGGAAGCCACCUAUACCUACUACUGCCGUCCAGGAGCAUGCCCAGGACCAGGACCACGACGACGAUAGAGAAAUGAAUCAACCAACACCACGCCAUAGAAAGAAGUCAACAUUCAUAUCGACAAUGGCAUACAGAAGAGAAGAUCCCGACCCCGGUUCUUCGACAUCACCACCGAUCAUGGAUCAACAACCUCAACCUCCACUAUGGUCGAUAAAGCCAACCACUGUGGCCUCAAAGUUGGCAGAAAACCGUGCAGUCUUACCGCAACUCGUGCCGCACAAGAGGGCAUUUCACGAUAUGGCAGCACUGGCAGGGGACAGCAGCCACGACGAAGGUCAACGACUCCUAGAGAUGACGUCCAAGCACUUCAGUCCGGCGGCUAAGGUGAGGCGCACAGGCAAGAAAUACCUGUAUAGACGACCGAGACGCCAUCUCCCACUGCCGCCACCUCCUGAAAUACCUAUAUUGUCAACGACAAGCGAGGACUGAAACGACGAUACAAAACCAAACCUGCUGGUGAUGAUGACGACAAAUUGCACCGUUUCCAGAGGGGCGGAGGUACGCCAGCCCAGCCUGGUAGGGUCUGCUGGUACAAAAGGGGCAAGAUUAAACCCUGGUGGUACGGUGGGGCUCUGUAACCCCUGCAUGGCCUCAUCUGGGUUUGGUCUGAUCUGAUGAUUUGAGCAUACCUAAAUGAGCAAAGAUAUAGUAGAGUGUAUCAUAGUAUGGUAUGGACUUUUAUUGGUGGGUGCUCUCCCAGUGACGGGGAAAGUAAACACAUUGACCCUAGCCAGGUAGUACCUUGGUAGAUACUGUACAUGGUCUUAUGGAUGGGUAAUGGAUCAGGCAUGCAGGAGUAUGCAACCAUUGUGACAGGAACAGAACGGAAGAUUCAUAUAACCAGUGGCAUGGCCACUUUUCACAACGUCGGGCGGCCGACGAAUGAACCAAUUCUUCCUACUCACCAGGUGUUCUCCUUCUUCAAUGUAGAACAGAUGGCAACGGCAGAUCAGUCGGUCAGCCAGCUCUGACCCCUGCAGUAUUGCCGGCUCUCUCUUCUUCUUUUCCCAUCUCAUCUGGAGUACUGGUAAUUGGUCCGUUCAAGUCUCCUUAAACACAUACCCGCCCUCACUCGUAUCAUCCACGACCUCGACCUCAAUAUCCGCCUCAACAACUUCCAACCCAUCCGCCUCCAACCCACACUUAACAACAUCACCACCCUUCAGGGGUCCCACUCCCUUCGGCGUUCCCGUCAAAAUGACAUCUCCUUCCUCCAACGUCAUGACUUUUGAAAUAUCACUCAAAAUCCGGGGGAUCUGGAACAACAUCAGAUUCGUAUUGUCGCGCUGUCUCAUCUUGCCAUUGACGCUCAACCACAACAGCACGUUAUGCGGGUCGGGCAGCCGAUCGAAUGGGAUUUCAUGGCUGAUGGGCAGGAAAGUGUCGAACCCUUUCGCAAUCGUCCAGGGAAGUCCCUUGCGCUUAGCUUCGUCUUGGACAUUGCGCGCCGUCAGAUCAAUGCCCAGAAAGUAGCAUCGGAUGUAGUCUAAGAUCUUGGGAUCGGAUUCCGAAAGAUUCUUGAGAGGUUUGCCGGGGAGGGUUUCGCCGAUCACGAGGCCCAGCUCGACUUCGUGGUGGACGGUCGUCCCGCGGGGGCGGAUGAUGGGUCCUUUGUCGGGAAGAAGGAUUGAGGAGGGCG